AUGUCCCAGUACGCCAAGGAGCUCGAGGUGGCCCAGCUCGCCGUCCAGCGGGCCGCCAUCCUCACCAAGCGCGUCUUCCACGAGAAGGCCAAGGGCACCGUCUCCAAGGACGACAAGUCCCCCGUCACCAUCGGCGACUUUGGCGCCCAGGCCCUCAUCAUCAGCGCCCUCAAGGCCAACUUCCCCGAGGACGAGAUCGUGGCCGAGGAGGAGGCCGACCGCCUGCGCGGCGACCCGCAGCUCCAGGACACCAUCUGGGAGCUGGUCAGGUCGACCGGCCUCGACGACCCGGCCGCCGAGCGGCUCCUCGGCGGCGCGCUCGCGGACAAGGCCGCCAUGCUCGACGUGCUCGACAUGGGCAAGAGCCAGGGCGGCGCCCGCGGCAGGAUAUGGGCCAUCGACCCCAUCGACGGCACCAAGGGCUUCCUGCGCGGCGGGCAGUACGCCGUGUGCCUCGGCCUCAUGGUCGACGGCGACGUCAAGGUCGGCGUCCUCGGCUGCCCCAACCUGCCCGUCGACGACGCCGCGCCGCUGACGGCCGACAUGGGAGCCGAGGGCCAGACCGACGACGAGGGCCGAGGCGUGCUCUUCUCGGCCGUGCUGGGCCAGGGCGCCGCCAGCAGGCCGCUCGGCACGGGCGCGCUGGUGGAGCCCCGCAAGCGCAUCGCCAUGCGGCCCAUCGAGGAGAUGGCCGGCGCGACCUUCUGCGAGAGCGUCGAGUCGGGCCACUCGAACCAGGGCGAGUCGGCGCAGAUCGCGCAGAGGCUCAGCAUCACCAACCCCAGCGUGCGCAUGGACUCGCAGGCCAAGUACGGCUCCAUCGCCCGCGGCGCCGGCGACAUCUACCUGCGCCUGCCCACGUCAAAGACCUACCAGGAGAAGAUCUGGGACCACGCGGCCGGCGACCUCAUCGUCCGCGAGGCGGGCGGCCAGGUCACCGACACGCUGGGCAGGCGCCUCGACUUUAGCAAGGGCCGCACCCUGGCCGAGAACAAGGGCGUCGUCGCGGCGCCUGCUGCCGUCCACGGACAGGUUCUCAAGGUCGUGCGGGAGGUUCUCAAGCUAUGA